UUGAAAAAGGCUGGGGAGAGCUCAUGGAGAAGUAAUUGAAAAUCUCUGCUAAAAAUGUGUAUUAGCCCUGCCUGUGGGUGAUAUUGCAUUUGUCUUUCUUCCUUUAAAGUAUUUUCAUUGUUUCUGAUGAGUGAUCAAAAAUAUUUAUAUUUUCAGAUCGUUUCCUGGACUUUUUCGCAAAGAGGCAAAAGGCAAACGACGUUUUGCACCAUAUGCACGACCAGAAAAGAGUUUUUUGGUAAACUUUUUUCUGCUUGAUAAACAGCGCUCAAAGACCCCCAAAGGACACAAGGAACUCCAACUUACACUGGCUGGUCUUGGGAAGCGUUCUCUAACAGUGCCUUUAAACACCACACAUUCAGAGGUAUGCUUUCUAAAAGAGAUUAAGUAUCAUGGGCACCACCAUUACCAACAUCAACGUUAAAUGUUGAUUUUUGUAAUAAGAUGUUUUUCUUUAAAACUAAUCGCAUAUUUACAUAAAUCAUAAACACGUUAGUUCAUAUAUUUAUUACAUUUAUCAACUAACCAUGUUCUAAAAGUUGACAGAUUUGCUGUCGAAUGCAUAUCCAAAACUUGGAAGUAUCGGUGGUGGCUGGUUGCUAUACAAGGCCACAGGUAUACAUGGACCUUAUAUAUUUCUUUUAUAGCAUUUUAAAAGCUUUGAUUCCUAAAAUUAAUGUCUGUUUCAUUUCUAGGUGGGGGUGGGCAACGCAAAUUAGCUGUCAUUUCUCCUGACUCAGAUGGAUACAGUGGGCAACAGCUAAAAGGAAUCAGUGGGAAUAGACAGUGUACACUGUACAUUGUCCCUUUACAAGAGGAAAUUGACACUACUCCGUUACCACCAGAAGCGAAAGAAUUUGAAAAAAUGCCCAAAGCACCAUGCAACACUUGCAGGAAGCUUGUUCCUCUUCAGGCUCUUCCAGACCACAUCAAGAGCUGCAAGGAGGAGAAUGUAGAUCUGUGCAGUUCUUCUGAUGAAAACUACACACAGGACGAUAUGUCUCCAUUGUGCUCACAAAGCCAGGCAGAGAUGACAGCUGAGUGUCCUGUGUGCAGAGGUGUAUUCAGCAUUAAUAUCAUUGAGAUUCACGCAUCUGAGUGUGGAUUACGAGCAGCAGACCGUGAUGACAAUGGCAAUGUCUCAAGUGAAGCAAUGCAUUCUUUUCAAAGUUCACAGGAUGUCCUGAACUGGAUCAGUUGCCAGGUGGAUGAAGGCAGCACAUUUCCUCUUUGUGUGUCGAGAAGUGACCUCUUUAUUAGAGGAAUGCAACAGUGGCAACGCCAAAAAAAAUCCUCCCCUAAAUGCAGACUGAAGGUUACUUUUUUUGGGGAAUCAGGCAUUGACACCGGUGCUCUUAGUAAAGAAUUUCUGACAGAAAUGGUUGCAGGGAUUGAACAGAAACUUUUCACGGGCAGCCCUGACAACAAGGGGAAAAAUCCCCUUUACUGUCUCAACAGCCUGGAUAACAACUACUUCAGGACUGCAGGAGAACUUAUGGCAGGUAGCAUGGCACAAGGUGGAUCUCUCCCCAACUUUAUGCAUGAGUGGUGCUACAGAUACCUCUGCUCUGGUGACUCUGACAGCAUACAGGUGUCAACCAGAGAUGUCACAGAUUUGGAAUUGUCACAGCUUUUUUUAAAGGAAUUUUCUUCAAUUACACAAAAUGUGUGCAUGUGCACUAAUUUUCUUAAUGUAUUAAUUUAUUUUAUAAAACUGUCUGGAGUGUUACUCAGAAACCUUUUGUGUUUCAGGGCUAUUGUACUGCACUCAACCAUGAGACUAGUCCCCAUGCUUGACCAGCUGAGAAAAGGCCUGCAGCUGUAUGACCUACUGGAGGUUUUGAAGACACACCCAGACCUUUGUCUGCCACUGUUUGUACCAGGGGAAGAUGAUAAGGUGGAUGCAGCUUUCAUCCUGGAAAAGUGCCAGCCUGAUUUCAGUGAGAAGGGCUCUGUGAAAUACAGUAGAGAAGUAAACAUCAUGAACUUUCUCCAAGACUUCCUGCAAAAAACUGAGGAUUGUGGUAUGUUUAAGCUCAUAUACAGUUACUGA